UCUCAGCAGCUCUCAGCAGCUCUCAGCAGCUCUCAGCAGCUCUCAGCAGGAGACGCGGGCGGUGGUACGGAAUCAUGUGGUCGGCGCCAGAGAACGACAUCAACACCUCCACCCUGGCCUGCUCCUGCUCCAACAGCUCGUGCCCCUGCUCCUACAGCACCACCCAGACGGCCUCCAUCGUCACGGCGACCGCCUCCCUCAGCCUGCUGACGGUGCUGGGCAACGCCCUGGUGCUGCUCUCCGUCGCCCUCCACCACCGCCUGCGGACCGUCCACAACUACCUGGUGCUCAGCCUGGCGGCAGCAGACCUGAUGGUGGGCGUGGCCUCGGUGCCGUUGGCCGGCGUGUACCUGGUGGGGGGCCACUGGCCGCUGGGCCCCCUGCUGUGCGACCUGUGGCUGCUGCUGGACUACGUGGCGAGCAACGCCUCGGUGCUCAGCCUGCUGCUCAUCUGCCUGGACCGCUACUUCUGCGUGACGCGCCCACUCAGCUACCCCGCCCGGCGCAGCGGGGCCGGGGCCAGCCUGAUGGUGGCCGGCGCCUGGAUGCUGUCCCUCCUGCUGUGGGCUCCGCCCAUCCUGUGCUGGCAGACGCUGGCGGCACGGCGGCCCGUCCCGGCUGGCCGCUGCUACAUCCAGGUGCUGGCCAGCGCCCCGCUCACCCUGGGCACCGCGCUGCUCUCCUUCUACCUGCCCGCCGUCGUCAUGGCGACGCUGUACGGCCGCAUCGCCGCCGCCAGCCGCAGCCGCCUCCCUGUGAGGCCCCGCCCCCGGGCCGCCGCCCGGCCGGGCCCUCACCUCCAGGGGGGCAUGGCCUCGGGGGUCUCCCAGACCAAGACCCCCUCGGAGGGACCGAGCCACGCGGACUGGAGACCCCAGGAGGACGGAAGCUCCUCCUCUCUACGCCGGCCCCCGAGGGACCCGGGCUCUGACACCCCUCCCUGGAGGCGAGGCCUGUCCCGGAGCUGCUCGACGCUGGCACGCUGGCGGGGGAGGAGCUGUGAGCGGAGGGUGACCCACGCGGUGCUGGCCGUCCUGCUGGUGUUCAUCGCCACCUGGCUGCCCUACAACGUGCUGGCUGUGGUGGGCUCCCUCUGCCGGGUGUGUGUCCCCGAUGCCCUCUGGGCCGCCGGCUACUGGCUCUGCUACGUCAACAGCGCCAUUAACCCUGCCCUCUAUGCCCUGUUCAACGGAGCCUUCAGGAGCAGCUUCCUCCACCUGCUGCGCUGCAGCCGCGCGCCACCCUGAGGAGGAGGAGGAGGACCUACCGCCUGAGGAGGAGGAGCUCCAUGAGGAGGAGGAGGAGGAGCUACCGCCUGAGGAGGAGGAGCUCCAUCCUGAGGAGGAGGAGCUACCGCCUGAGGAGGAAGUCUGAAUCAUUCAUUAGUUUGGGAGGUGAAUGUUUAGUUCUGAGUGCUGGUGACUUCACGGUUUGAGGCCAAAGCAAGUUUGCACAUGCAGCUAAAACAUGCGCUAGCAUGCUAACGAACUGCUAGCUAACUAACGUGCACGUCUGCCUCCUCAGUUAGUUUAGUUUAUUGUUUAUAUUAUCUAUUUAAAUUGAGUCCAGUGAAAUAAAGCCUUAUUUAAAGGGGAGCUGUGGUCAAGGGCCUGACCUCCAUGACCACCUAACCCGUCCUCUGGUGUUCACUGUUCGUUGGGGCAGAGAAUAGGGCACUGCAGGAAAGAUCCAUGAUGGAAAACUGAGGCACAGGUCAAAGGUCAUGGUGUUGUGGUUUAAUUAAAUGAUAUACCGCUAAUAGGAUUGGAUUUAGAAAGGAUAUUGGAUUAUGAUUGAAUUAACUAAUAAAACAACACUCACCUGUCAUGCACUAACUCUCAUCCUAUCAGAAGGGCUCAGCGUGUCCCAAGCCUUCUGAUUGGUGGAGCCCUCAGCCGCCUCCUCCUGUCUGGGUUGUUUCAGUGUGGAUCCUGAACCUCGUCUGACUUUACUGUGAUGGUGUGCCUCCAGACAGACCUUCUGUUUCCGUUAUGUGCCGACCGUACAACAUUGUGAGGCCAAAUAAAGGACCAAUAUAGUGGUUAUUUUAGUAUUUCAAUUCUUUGCUAUUUGAAUUAUUAAAUUCUUAUUCAGCUAAAUGACACUAGGAGGCGUACUUCAGACCCGAGUGUCAGAAUACUGGCCCUCUGCAGGACCCCCCCCCCCCUCCUAUCAGGACCCCAGUAUCACGGCUCACUGACGAGAGAGUCAGAGAGAGAAUUAGAAUUAGCUAAUUCUAUGUUAGAAUUAGCGCAAUAAUAAUGCGUUAACCCAAUCUUGUUUUAAAUGUUUACAAUUCCCAAAUCUGUGGUGUUUCGUAAGAUUCAUAUUCAACCCACUCUGAACGAGUCAAUAAAACUCCAUCAAUAUCACUUGGUCUAGUUUUUGCUUAUUAUGUACAUUUGGUAUGAAUGAUUACGUGUCAUUCCGUUUGAUAAUCUCAUUUAACUCAGAAUGGAUUUAAAGGAGAACUAUAAAACUGUUUUGGUUUAAUUUGCUUUAAUAUCACAGGUUAAGAGUCAUUGUGAUGCUUCUAUAACCCUUUGAGUCGAUUGGUCGCUGUUUCGACUCCACCUAGCGCAUCUUGGCGGAAAAAGGGAAUAUGCAAGUUUCUGCCGGCGACCCGCCGCCCACUCUCGCGAGAGUCUCGGGUCUCGCGAAGUACCGAAUUGCUUAACGCUGCUAGUACAGACCCAACACGGAACCGGAUCGAUAUAAACGUAAGUAGUAGUGAAGGGAUUGUUACAUUCAUCAUGGAUCAGCCGACUAAAAAGAGACAGAAAAUCCCAAUGUCGGAGAAACCACAAGAGAAAAGGGAGACUGACCGACAGACACUCUGGCCUCUCUGAAAGAAAAAGACUGCAAAUCGGAUGCCGACUUGACAUGGCUGUGUUGCUCUUGAAAUUUUACAAGCGUUGGCAAACAGCAUUGCUAUGACGCUUGAUGACCCAAGACGGCUCGGCCUGCCUGCCCCGGUACAGCCAACACCCAAAUCUGAACUUGUGCGGGUACAAAUGUGACAAGGAAAUCUAGAGAACCCUCAAGAAGAUGUUACACAAUAGCCGUAAGGCAAGAAACAAACUGUCACUUUAAUGCAUUUCUUUCAAUGUCCAAAAUAAAUAUUUUUCUAAA